CUCGCCCAUAGCGGUGCGGGCUCAGUCGCGCCGCGCUCUCCGUGGCCUUCGCUCCGCUCACCGCACGACACGAGCUUCACCACUCUUAUCAAAACAUUCCCGCAGACCAAUCGAUCCGCACGUCUCUACGCAGUCUGAUAACGAACUCGCGUCGUGACUUUGUGACUCCAGUGCUAGUGUUGUGAAUGACAUGUGAUUUUUUUUUGUUACUUACGCCUAUUUGGAACACUAGAAAUAUCACCAUCGCAGUUAAGACAUUAGCAGACGCGUGCGGCGUGGCGCGAUGGAUGCGUGAACGGUCAUCAUGCGCCUCUUCCGCGGGCCGAAGCGCAGGGAAGUGACCGCGCCGCUAGCCGCCGCGACGCCGUCUCCUCGACGAGACGCCGCCGGCGUCGCCCCGCCGCACCCCUCAGAUUUCACAAUCGUCACAGCUCUUCCUGCCAUGGUCAUGGAAGACGACGUGCGGGAGAUGAAGAAAGUUUUUACAACGUGGGGUCGCCGCAUGGGAAAAAAGCUAGACAUGCUUAAAAAGCCAGAAACCAAGGAGGCAUCAGAGUCGAGCCCGGCUACUGAGGUUGUCAAUGAAGAUAAUUCUGCAGUAAUAAAUGGACACUAUAAGAAGAAACAACACUGGAAAAUGGGUCGAAGCAGUUCGGAUUCUACAUCUUUAAGAAGAGAUCCUGACACGGACUCGAUUAGAAGUGGAUCAAGAGAUCGAUCUCCAAGUCCUUUCAAAUCCUUUUUCCACAGAAUGGGUUCAACUGGAAUGUUAAAUUCAAACAAAUCUCAAUCUCUAAAUACUCAAAAAAAUAACGAAUCAUAUCCUGUUGCAAAUGGACCUUCACUUUACCGUAGCUGCUCCACAUCACAUCUUUCAACAUACGUAAAAGCUGAUGAUCCAUCUGAUGAUAUAGAUUUACAAAAUGCCGUUAAUGAAACAAAAAAUUCUCCAACAAAACACAAUAAUAACCUGACUUCCGAUGAGACACUAGUAACAUCCUCAACCAAGGCUAUUAGUUGUGAUAACAUUCCAAAUCUAGAUGUUCAAAGUAAUAGCACUAGUAAAAAGCCAAAUUUUCCAUAUGCUUUUCUUAGAUCAAAAUUAUCUGUGCUGCCAGAAGAAAAUAGCUUGGCUUCACAACAAAGAACGAAUAGCGUUAGGCAAAGUUUUUCAGAAAGAAUAGACCGAAAAUCACCAAAGAUACGGAGAGAAAGAUUAUAUUUACCCAAUUCGCGAUCUGAAGAAAGAUAUCAAAGCAGUGACAGUAUAUCUUUCUACGAAGAAAAUAUGCUCAUAAAUAGUGCAUUAAGAAAUGAUUACGAUUUUGCAAGAAGUUCCUUAAGGAGUAUCAAUGAGAUAGAUAGCAACAUGUAUUCUUCGAGACGCAAUGAAGAAAUGCCUCGAAGAUCUUCAAUGAUUUCUCAACGAGCUCCAUUUGACUAUGAUCCAAUGCUCAUCCCUCGAAACCGUAACAGUCUUCCAGUGUAUGAAUAUAAUUCAGUUCUAGGAUCGGUAAGGGAUUUAAAAACAGAGUUGACCUCUUCCUCUCAUAGCAUACAUCAUGGACCCGAAACAGAAGUUCUUCAGGCUCAUCGGCUAAGUAAUUAUGUUAGCUCCAACGAGUCUGGGUACGACAGUGAUGGGCGUCCAACCGAUGAACACACUAAUCAUUCGCCACCAGGAUAUUCUAACCAUUUAUCUUCGAAUUCAUUAAGGACAGAAUGUCUUAAUCAUUUAGAUAAUCACAGCAACUUUUCAAGACAGUUUAGUUUGAACCAGAAAAUAAAUGUAAGCAGAAUACAAAUUCCUGCUCGGAGAAGUUCAACACCUUGUGCUCUAUUUCCGGUAGAAAACAGGACACCCGUAAACUAUGAAAUCGAUAGCAGAGAUACUAAUAAACGGGUCGAUAUUCCUGUUAAUUCACAAAUGUUUAAACACAACGAUGGCAAACCACCGCCUUUACCAAAGAAGACUGUUAAUAAAAAAGCGCCUUACAUUUACAAAACAAUAACAUUAGAUGAACGAGUCCAAACAAGAAAAAUAAAAUUGUUACAUUCGCAGUUACUUCCUGUAGAACAUUCAUCUGCACCAGAUAUAAACAAAAGAAUAUUAACAUCAGAAACUGAAUCUGCAUUACACCAAGCAGGCAGUAUUGAUAUAUUUGGUCGCGGCCCAUGCACCAAAAGGUUUAGAAAGAUAAGGUUACUGAAAUCGAGGUUAGAUGAAAGUCUGGGGGUGUAUUUGGCUCAGCAUAAAGUUGAUUUUGACAACUUGGGUUCAAAUUUUGAAGUUAGAUAUAUUGUUGUAAAACUGGACUUCGAUGGAAUCGCUCACAGAGAUGGACGAUUAAGAAUAGGGGAUGAAAUAGUUAAUGUUAACGGCAGAGUGCUUCGUGGAUUAUCUUCUUUAAAAGAAGUACAACACAUCGUAAACUCUUGCUCGACUGAAGCUACAGUAGAAGACGGCGCUUUGUUCCAAAGAUAUCAAGUUGAUCUAGUAAUGGCACAUGAUGAAAUUACGCCGAUCUCUCUAAGUCGUAUAAUAAGUAGCCAAACUUGUGAGCAAAACUCGGUUUCUACAGCACCCAAGCCAACCAAUAUACCCCCUGAUAUAAUAUCCGAAACAGUUCAUAAACCUUCGACUUCCAAUCAAAUAACUAUUGAAACCCAUUUUCCUAGUAAUCAUCACUCAAAUAAUAUACUCUUUGCCAGUGAGCAUGAAAACAAUCAAAUGACGUACAAAGUAAAUCCAUCAAGAAUAGAAACACAUAACAUGUGUGAAGUGGGAAUACAAGUAAAUCACGACCCCAUUAAUUCGAGCCAAAAAAGCGACGAUGAAAAGUUACUAGAGAGACAUUCUUAUCACCAAGCUUCAUCAUCUCUGCAUAAUAUAACAAAUAUUGAAAUUUCAAUGCGAUCGUCACCAGCACCUAGAAAUAGCAAUGAAAAUAAUUACAGACCUAUAUCAUUACAUAAUUCAAGACCGCCACCUGUUCCAGGACAAUACUCAAAUGAUAACACUGUUAAUGAAAUUAAAGAGAAUGCACCCCAUUACAUAAAGCACGUUCCACGACUAUACCAAAAUAGAUCUUUCGAAAGUAUACCAGAACAAUUAAGAAAUAGUAGUCGAAGUAGAUUUUUCAAUAGAGUUGGAUCGCAGCGAUGUUCACCCAAUCAUGGUUUACAUGUAUCACGGCAGCAAGAAUAUAAUGCACUUCAUCGUGAAAAUCUACCCGGUGAUCAUCAUUACGCGCACACUUUGAUGAACAGAGUGGAGUUUUGGAAAGGACCGGGUCAUAAAAGUCUAGGGUUCAGCAUUGUAGGAGGUACCGAUUCGCCAAAAGGAAAAAUGGGAAUAUUUGUUAAAACAGUUUUCCCAAAUGGACAAGCAGCGGAUAAGGGUACUAUUUUUGAAGGUGACGAGAUCUUGUCAGUGAAUAAUGUGCCGACACGUGGACUGAGCCAUGCUGGGGCCAUAUCGCUUUUCAAACAAGUUAAAGAAGGGAAAAUUGAAUUGACGCUUUCAAGACGAAGAGCACCUAGGUCCAGAUCUGUGGAACCUCUCGGUAACUCCCGUGGAGAUGUCAAACGAGAUUAAAGCCUACUGAACCCUAAAAUCUACUCCAAAGAGAUCCCAUCAAGUGCAAUAAUAUUCAUUGUAACUAACUACUUUGCCAAAGGCGCUUGUAUAUUUUAUGAUGAUCGUUGCAACAACGAACGACUAUUUGAAUAAAGUACUAUGUUAUUGUUAUUCAUACAGAUACAUGAUACCUAUAUCUAAUAGAUUGUGCUUUAAUAUUAGACAUAAUUUGCGAAAUUACAUUAUUUUGCUGGUAUAACAACGUAAGCAUGUAUGUUAUAUAAUUGAUAACAAUAUUCUUAAUAUUUGUUAUUUUUGUAUAUUAUUAUACUAAGACUGUCUCUAAUAUAGUUGUACUAUAAAUAACGUUUUUUAUGUUACAUUAAUAAUUGUUAUAUUCGGUAGGAAUGCUAGAUCUCGUUGAUAUCUGUAUAACUAGUAUCUGUAUACUGUAUAUUCUUGAUCUUAGACAUAUGCAAAAUAGAUAAGUUCAAAAAUCACACAUUACAA